AUGGCAUUUGAGGUGCCAAUGUCAUUCUGUCUUGAGGGAAGCGAACUUGGUUUCUGCCCUGAUGAGUCAGGGUUGGCACUGGCAGCAAUCAACUCGGCACAGGUCAAAGCGAACAAGAUGAUCGUGUUUGAAGGGGAGUCAGGUUCAGAGUACACGUCCAGGGGCCCUAGGCUCGUGAAUAGGCGUGGAAUAGGAGCCGGUGUGGGCAUGGUUAUUGGCACAACCAUGCCAGCGGCGACUUUACUUGCCAACACAAUCGCUUAUCACUAUGUGGAAGUACGCCCUGACUCAGGCUCGAACGCAAGCAUAAGUCAACUCAUGGGGCCAGCAAAUUACAUCGCUGUGCCGUUGUUGGCAGGUGCUGUUGACCUGACAGACCCAACAGAGCCGCCCAGUAAUGCUGAGCUCGCACUUCUUGUGCGCAAGAGAGCAGUUUUCGCGAACAUGAAAUUGAGAGCGCCAAUGGAGUUGGUGUGGAGCCUGACAGUGUCAGAAGCAGUCGGCAUGACUUUGGUGCGCUCCGUGAAGUCUUCGAGUCCAUUAUUCAAUGUGUCUUUUGUAGUCCCGAUAGGGCGACCAUCCGUGGCGGUGAUGCCAUCGUUCCUCGAAGCUUCUCCUGUCAUCGACAUAGCAUCAAGAAGCAUUGCUGUUGAUCAACAGGGAUCCAAGCGCAAGCGUGAGGCUCAGGAGGCAAAUGCCAAGAUGACGGCGCCCAAGAUUUUGGGAGCACCGGGUGCUCCACAGGCAGGGGCCAACAUGCCAGCGCUUCCGCCAGACCCACUUACGGGUAUCCCGACGAGUGGCCCAGUCAAUGAUGUGGCUGAGCGCCGACCGGGCGCGCCUGCAACUGAUGAUUUGGACGGAGAAGACUUGAAGCCAGAUGGUGACGAGCUUCAGGACGUGCAGGCUGAGGAGGAAGAGAACAUGUGA